GCCAGCGCCAGCGUCGCCCCUCGCCUGGCCCGCCCGCCUUAAAUGUGACACCGGCGCCUAGGGAGCGCCACCCGAAGCCGCCGCCGCCGGGGAGGGGGGACGAGCACCAUGUCGAAUCUGAGCAAAGGCACGGGCAGCCGGAAGGACACCAAGAUGCGGAUCCGGGCCUUUCCGAUGACCAUGGAUGAAAAAUAUGUAAACAGCAUUUGGGACCUUCUGAAAAAUGCAAUUCAAGAAAUCCAGCGUAAGAAUAACAGUGGUCUUAGUUUUGAGGAGCUCUAUAGAAAUGCAUAUACAAUGGUUUUGCAUAAACAUGGAGAAAAACUCUACACUGGACUAAGAGAAGUUGUUACCGAACAUCUCAUAAAUAAGGUGCGAGAAGAUGUACUAAAUUCAUUGAAUAACAACUUUCUUCAAACGCUAAAUCAAGCUUGGAAUGAUCAUCAAACAGCUAUGGUGAUGAUUAGAGACAUACUAAUGUAUAUGGACCGUGUAUAUGUACAACAAAAUAAUGUGGAGAAUGUCUACAAUUUGGGAUUAAUUAUUUUUCGAGAUCAAGUUGUACGAUAUGGGUGUAUUAGGGAUCAUCUACGACAAACACUAUUGGAUAUGAUUGCAAGAGAGCGGAAAGGAGAAGUUGUAGACAGAGGCGCAAUAAGAAAUGCUUGCCAGAUGUUAAUGAUUUUAGGUCUUGAAGGACGAUCCGUAUAUGAGGAAGAUUUUGAGGCUCCUUUUUUGGAAAUGUCUGCAGAAUUUUUUCAGAUGGAAAGCCAGAAAUUUUUAGCAGAAAACAGUGCUUCCGUAUAUAUAAAGAAAGUAGAAGCUAGAAUUAAUGAAGAAAUAGAACGGGUGAUGCACUGCCUUGACAAAUCAACUGAAGAGCCCAUUGUAAAGGUGGUUGAGAGGGAACUCAUUUCUAAGCACAUGAAAACUAUUGUAGAAAUGGAAAAUUCUGGGCUAGUACAUAUGUUGAAAAAUGGAAAGACAGAAGAUCUUGCUUGCAUGUACAAAUUAUUUAGUCGUGUGCCAAAUGGUUUGAAAACAAUGUGUGAGUGUAUGAGUUCCUACUUAAGGGAGCAAGGUAAAGCCCUUGUUUCAGAGGAGGGAGAAGGAAAGAAUCCUGUUGACUAUAUCCAGGGUUUAUUGGAUUUGAAGAGCAGGUUUGAUCGCUUUCUCCAGGAAUCGUUCAAUAAUGAUCGGCUAUUUAAACAGACGAUUGCGGGCGAUUUUGAGUAUUUUCUCAACCUCAACUCCCGGUCCCCUGAAUACCUCUCAUUAUUUAUUGAUGAUAAGCUGAAAAAGGGGGUUAAAGGGCUAACAGAACAAGAAGUAGAAACAAUAUUGGAUAAAGCAAUGGUCCUUUUUAGGUUUAUGCAAGAAAAAGAUGUAUUUGAACGCUAUUAUAAACAACACUUGGCACGGAGGCUUCUCACAAACAAAAGUGUUUCAGAUGACUCUGAAAAAAAUAUGAUAUCUAAAUUAAAGACUGAAUGUGGAUGUCAGUUCACAUCAAAACUGGAAGGAAUGUUUAGGGAUAUGAGCAUCUCAAACACAACUAUGGAUGAAUUCAGACAACAUCUACAGGCCACUGGGGUCUCUUUAGGUGGUGUUGACCUCACGGUUCGGGUGCUCACGACAGGAUAUUGGCCCACUCAGUCAGCCACACCAAAGUGCAAUAUCCCACCAGCACCAAGACACGCUUUUGAGAUAUUUAGAAGGUUUUACUUAGCCAAACACAGUGGCCGACAACUCACACUCCAGCAUCAUAUGGGUUCCGCAGAUCUCAAUGCCACCUUUUACGGACCAGUAAAAAAGGAGGAUGGAUCUGAAGUUGGUGUUGGAGGGGCACAAGUAACUGGCUCUAAUACGCGGAAGCACAUAUUGCAAGUCUCCACUUUCCAGAUGACCAUAUUAAUGCUCUUUAAUAAUAGAGAAAAGUACACAUUUGAGGAAAUUCAGCAAGAAACAGAUAUCCCUGAAAGAGAACUUGUCAGAGCCCUGCAGUCCCUCGCCUGUGGUAAACCAACACAGCGGGUGCUCACGAAAGAACCCAAGUCCAAGGAAAUCGAAAACGGCCACAUAUUCACAGUCAAUGACCAGUUCACAUCUAAACUACACAGAGUCAAGAUUCAAACAGUUGCUGCCAAACAAGGUGAAUCUGACCCAGAAAGGAAAGAAACCAGGCAGAAAGUAGAUGACGACAGAAAACAUGAGAUAGAAGCUGCUAUAGUCCGGAUAAUGAAAUCUAGAAAGAAGAUGCAGCACAACGUGUUAGUAGCAGAGGUAACUCAACAGUUGAAGGCACGAUUCUUACCAAGUCCAGUUGUUAUUAAGAAACGUAUUGAAGGACUUAUUGAGAGAGAAUAUUUGGCACGAACGCCUGAGGAUCGCAAAGUAUACACAUACGUAGCAUAAAAUGCGUUAAAAAAUUGAUUUAUUCUCGGACUGUACUCUUCGCAUGGACUGGGAAGUUCUUUUAAAUCAUUAAAUAUUAAGACGACCAUCUCUUCUAUUAAAUUGCAGUACAUGUUCUAGACCGUUCAGAUCAAGCCUUUACUCCCUUUGAGAGUUUUCAACAUCAAUUGAUUGAGCUUCAGGCUUUCCAACGUUUAUCCCUGUAGAGAUCAUCUUUACAGUUCCUCGGGAAAAUGUGAAUGUGCCGCGUUUUGUUUUCAAUACUGUAUGAAAACAGGAAAAAAAAAUAAAACAAAAAAUUUAGAAAAUGCAGCUCAUUAAAAUAAAAUUGUUGGAUUUCAUUUCCCCAGGUCUUCAGUGUUGAUGUAAAUGUGUUUUUGUAGUGUUGCUUAGCACUUUGCGCAUUGUAUAAGUUGGGUAAAAACAAAAAUGGUAAAAGAUAUGACACAGUUCCCAAUUACCUUGCUCUGCUUCAAACAUUUCUUUAGCUAGUCUUGUUUAAUUUAAACGUUUGAUAAAUAUACACAGACCCAAGCAUACGAUUUGAGCAUGCUUUGUUCUACCACUUGCACUUACUAAUCUUAUAGCCUUAUGACCAGGAACCUUUGUUUUGAGCUCACGACACACCCUGAUUUGGUUUUUCCCUAUUGUAAUUUGAGAUUUCCCAAAUUAAGUAUUAUAUUGAUUAGGCUCUGUUCAGCUUUAUCUCUAUAAAAAGAAAAUAUUUUAGUAUGUAUAAAUUGUAUAAUAAUUUUUUGCUGUUGUACUCACUGCUAAUAGUGGAUUGUAUAGGGUGGUGUUUUUAUUUCAUUUAUUGUAGAGAAGAAUAAAUGAAUUUAGUACACACGUACCCACUAAUUCAAGUAUGUCAGAGCACAAAGUUGGCAGCUGGUUAUAUUUAAUUCAGCCCCUUUGAAAAGCACACGCAAUCUACACUAUUUAUAACUAAGUUCAGAUUUCCCUUCUCAGAUGUGUGUUUUGGUGAAGCUGGGGUGCACCGUUCAUUUCGUUUGAAAAUGCAUUCUAAAGAUGCAAUAAAUAUGGUUACCUUGAUGUUUUCCAACAAAAUCUUCAGUUCUUACAUCCGUUUGGAACAUGAUUAAGCAAUAUUUUUCAGAUCUGAUGAUUCUUGGGUAUUUCGUUCUUGUCCGCCAAAGAGUCAUUGUCUCUUGUUUUCAAAGAUGUGCUUUGUGCUGAGGAUUAUGUCAAUUCUCCUGUGCUUCCAACUUUCACCAAUGUUUUUUUAUCUGAUCUGCCAAGAUUUAUAAUUUGCUUUAUUUUAACUUCAGAGUAUUUUUAUCUUCAAUUUAAUUUAAUUUUAUUUCAUUUUGUUUUUAUAAGACAAUGUUUCAGGUAUGUAAUUGGGGCAAACCACUAUAGAUUUCUGUUGAAUAGAAAUAUGAAAUGUUACUAAUAAGUUCAAAUAACUGAUCCUUCGUUGACUAUCAAUACUGUUGGUACAUUUAUUAGAAUGUAUGUCUCGAAAGAUGGUAUCUGUUUAAAUUUAUGGUCAAGUUAACGACGAUUGAAUUCUAAUAUGGAUUAAAAACUCCAUAUAAAUAUUUUU